AUGGCCGUACCCACACCACCCACGACAGCUUCCACGUCCACCUCGUCGACAUUCGACCAUCAAUGGCGUUCACCACCUCCUCAGGAAACUCCCUUGGCAGAGCCGGCUUCUCUUCCUGGGAUAGGAUUGCUACUGUCGCCUAAGUCAGCUUCCAACAACACCAGCAACGACAACGCCAAUCUUUCAAUGGGCAAAAACGACCUUCUACAUCCUUCUUUCUUACCUCCUUGCGAACACGGUAAAGAUGAUGGCGAUAUGCAUGCUCAUGCUUUCGAUCUCCUUUCAUUAUCAGGGAACGCACCUUCCAAAAAUUCAGUGAAUCCCUCAAGCUCUAGACCUACCAUGCCACCUUCCAAAUCCACUUCCAACGCUAUACCUUCCUCUGUUCCUGCCCACACUACCUCGUUCUUGUCUGCCUCGAGACCACCGACGGUCAAUGUCAAUGGUACCAGUAAUGGGCAUAACGGCGUGGAGAAGAAAGAGAAUGCGAAUAAUCCGCCUAAAGCACGUAGGAUGAGUAGCUCGACAACGGGUGUACUGGGAAGAGGAAAGCUGGGACUAACGGGCCCGUCUGGAGAAGGAAGUUUGGGAUUAGGAGGGAUUGGUAAAGACAUAAGGAGUUCAUCAUACAACAAUUCAACGCCUAUUCCUAAUCGUCGCCCUACCAUAAGUGGAUCUCCCGUCCCACAAUUGUUCGAUUUCACCAAGACCGACCGACGUCCCUCCGCACCCGCACUAUCUCACCGUACAGCAUCUGCUGUACCAGCUUCGUUGCCUGCUCGCAGUAACAUCCCUCGUCCAGUCCAUCCCGAAGACGAGGAUAUCGAACUUGAUAUGGAAUUUGACGGUGACGAAGAUGAUGAUGGGGAGAUCAAGCCCGGCAGUGAUAGGAGUGGAAGUGCGGAUAUAGAAAUGGACGAAGAUGAUGAGGGAGAAAUAUCGAAACUUGCUUUGGGAACCGGCAGUGGUGGUGUGAAAGGCAGAAGGAAGGGGAUGGUGUUCAAAUGUGAAACUUGUAAGAAGGAAUAUCGACACCCAAGUUGUCUUGUCAAACAUCGAUGGGAACACUCUCCUCACUGGAAGGAACCUACAGCAUUGAGUAUGAGCAAACAUCAACAGGUGCAGAUGCUUGAGGCGGCUGCUAUUCUGGCUCAUCUCGAUCCAACGGUGAACCCUGGUCGAUCACUACCGAACGAUAAAUCGCUUUGGCCUGCCAUUCUAGAGGGUAAAGCGGCUGGACGACCGAGAUCGUCAUCACGAGCUAUGCGAGAUCCAUCAAUACUGCGCUCACCACCUAGUUCAGUCAUUGCACCUCUCACACCUUCGUCCCUGCGUGAGCCUAUGAGUCUAGGUUCUUUGGCCGAAAGACCUAAUGGUAAAGAGAGGAAAUCAUCUCCUGGUUCAGAUUCCACGACUUCGUCGAUGGGAGCUGGUGAACCGUAUAUACCGGCCAAUCAGAACGGUAAUGGUCUAGGUAUAAGAAAUAGCUAUUCUAAUGGGGUCGGGGUAGGCUCACCACGUACGAGUCGACCCAUGGGAAUCGCUCCAACGAAUGGCCGUAAACAUUCUUCAUCCAUAUCAUCUUCUCAUGGAGUCGCUAUGCCCGGUACACCCCAUUCGAUAGGCUCUCUACCUGAUAUGUCAGGACUAAACUUCCAUUCUGCCUCCGUCGGUGCCGGUGGUGGUACGCCCACCUCGUUGGGUAUGUCACCUAUACCGAAUCGAUUCAAAGUUGGUUUAGUGGGAGGAGGUAUGUUUGGAAAUGUUCAUACGGCUGUACCAUCCAGUUCGGUCCGAUCGGGAGCAGCGGACCUACCGGAAGAUGAAGAGGAUGAAGAAGAAGAUUGGUCUAAAGUCAGAGGUAAAUCAAGUUCGGUCGAAGUUGAUCCAACGAGAAGCACGAGGAACGGUGGAACGGGAUCACCGGCUGAGGGGGAGGAAGGUUGGAAUGGUAUGGCAAUGGAAAUGGAAUUGUAG